UCUGAAACUGGCCGGCUUUCCAUUAUCUUUGGAAGUGGUCUGUUAUUGUAAGCACAGCACUAGCUUUUGAAUUGGAUUGUUUGCCAAAGCUCUCUUGCCUGCCAGCAGAUUCUUGUCUUGGUGAAGAUUUUAGCUGAACCAGCUACAAGUCUGUUUUUGUUUGGAUUGGAUAUGAGACGAGUUGUACGGCAGAGCAAAUUCCGUCACGUCUUUGGCCAGGCGGUGAAGAAUGACCAAUGCUACGAUGAUAUCCGGGUGUCAAGGGUCACAUGGGACAGCUCCUUCUGUGCUGUCAACCCUAAAUUUGUUGCCAUAAUUAUUGAGGCCAGUGGUGGUGGAGCUUUCCUCGUUCUCCCUCUUAACAAGACAGGACGCAUUGACAAAUCCUACCCCACAGUGUGUGGUCACACAGGCCCAGUGUUGGACAUUGACUGGUGCCCCCACAAUGAUCAGGUCAUUGCCAGCGGCUCUGAGGAUUGCACAGUGAUGGUGUGGCAGAUUCCUGAGAAUGGACUUGUCACUCCCAUGUCUGAGCCAGUAGUGGUACUGGAAGGCCACUCCAAGCGCGUUGGCAUCAUCACGUGGCACCCAACGGCACGCAAUGUCCUUCUUAGUGCAGGUGGUGACAACCAGAUCAUCAUCUGGAAUGUGGGCACAGGAGAGGCUAUGAUCAACCUGGAGGAAAUGCACCCAGAUGUCAUCUACAACGUGUGCUGGAACCGAAAUGGUAGCCUUAUCUGCACCUCCUGCAAGGACAAGUCUAUCCGUGUCAUUGACCCCCGCAAGGAGACGAUUAUUGCUGAGAAGGAGAAGGCACAUGAGGGUGCUCGACCCAUGAGGGCCAUUUUCCUUUCUGAUGGCAACAUCCUCACCACAGGCUUCAGUCGCAUGAGUGAGCGACAGCUGGCCCUCUGGAACGCGCAAAACAUGGAGGAGCCCAUGACUGUUAAUGAGAUGGACACCAGCAACGGCGUGCUCUUGCCCUUCUAUGACCCAGACACCAAUGUUGUUUACCUCUGUGGAAAGGGUGACAGCAGCAUCCGUUACUUUGAAAUCACAGAUGAGGCUCCGUAUGUUCACUUCCUCAGCACCUUUGCCACCAAGGAGCCACAGAGGGGCAUGGGCUACAUGCCCAAGAGGGGCCUUGAUGUCAAUAAGUGCGAAAUUGCAAGGUUCUUUAAACUGCAUGAAAGGAAGUGUGAGCCUAUCGUGAUGACUGUACCUAGAAAGUCCGACCUGUUCCAGGAUGACUUGUACCCAGACACAUCUGGACCCGACCCUACCCUGGAGGCUGAGGAGUGGUUUGAGGGCAAGAAUGGAGACCCCAUCCUCAUCUCCCUCAAGAACGGCUACGUCCCGGGCAAGAACCGCGAAUUCAAGGUGGUCAAAAAGAACAUUUUUGACAACAAGGGAACCAAGAAGUCCGAGCACUCAAGCCAUGCCAACAAGUCUGCCUCCCCUACUCCAUCGAUUAAAUCCGAAGCCAAGCUGGAGGAGAUCUUGAAAGAAAUCAAAUCCCUCAAGGACCUGGUCAGCAGUCAGGAGAAGCGAAUCAUCAAACUUGAAGAGCAAAUGUCCAAAAUUGCCAUUUAGGGACCCUUUACCCGACCCGCUACAAUUCAGGACGUUCCAUUGGCUGGGGGUUGGGCGCGACCCGUCACUGCCUAUUUCAGUGACGGUGUUUCGUCUGAGGCCUGCCUAGCAACGACCCCUAGCAACAUUCCAGAUGAACUUUUUCUUAGCCAGCCCCUGACCCUCACUUUAACACAGGUGGAAUAAGGACGUGUGGCAAAUUUAGCAGAAAAUACUCUUAACUGCUUUUUGGUGACAAAGGACUCUAUUCCUUUUAUUGUGUGGCAGUCAUUUUUUAUUUUGUCUACGUGCAUCAAAAAAAUGUCUUACAUAUUCCUUUGCAUUUUAGAAGAUGACCAAGAAAAUCUGCGUCAAAAGUCUCCAUUUAUAUUGCAUAACCAAAUAUUCUUUUUAAGUAGCUAUCAUUGUUUCAUGUUAUCACACCCCAAAAUUAUAAUGUUGCCAAAUUUGAAAUUUUGUUUACUCCUCCUUAACAGUAUUUCUUUCUCUCUUUCUUUGUGGGAAGAUUCAAAAUGCAAACGGGGAAGCUCAGCGCAGUAGACUGGUUAUGUAAAGACCAAUUUACCAUGAAGUUAAAGUCAUUUAAAUAAAUUGGAUAGUUAUGUGAGGAAGAUUGACAUCUCAAACUCUGUAAUUAGGAGGAAAUAAAUUCAGAUUGAAGACACAUAAGCUGCCACAGUCUACACCAAGCACACAGGCAUUACAUAAAUGACAAGUCUUGUUGUUUGUGUUGAAGCUGCCUGCUUUCUGCCAUUUCUUCUCAUUCCUGCUGCUUCCUGUCACUCUGGCCAGGACAAUAGUCCGUGUAAACAUGCAUUCCUUUCUAUCUUGCUUCGUUAACAUGCACUGCAUGCUUAUUGGAGAAAAUGACAAACUCAUUCCACAAAUCUCAUUGCCAGUUAUUGAUGUGGGGAAAAAUAAUUCUAUAAUGUUCCUCUUUCUGUAAACACUCUACUGUAGUGACUCAGUUACGCUGGUUGGUUGUUAUUGUGACAUUUAUGCGCUGCCCAUGAAAAGACCAAGUUUGUGGAUUUUCAACCUCAACUCUGCAUCGUUUUUUGUUUUGUUUUUUUUGUUCAGUCACCAACCUCACUGUUGGGUAUCCACGGGUAUUGCUCAACAACACUCAAGUGUAGUGGGAUUAUUUUUUGUCCCUGUUCCUUUGCGUUGUAUGCCAUCUCACAUCUGUAUUUUCUCUACAAACAAAAUGGGAAUAGAUAUGAAAAGACACCAAGUAAUCACACUUCGACUUGACUCUUUAAAAACCAUCUGGUGAUAAAACUGGAGAUUGCUACAGAAACUGUUCAUGGUAGACCUUAAAGGCCUAGAUUGUGUGUGUGAAUAUGUGCCUCAUGUCUUUGGUCUUUUGGGUACAUGUCACUAUGGAUGUUCCUGCUUUGUUUCUUAUUGGGGGUGGAGGGUUAUGAAAUGGACUCAACGUAGAAUGUCCAUGACUUGCCUCUAACUAAAUAGUUGGGUUAUUACUUCACUCUUAAUUUUAGCCUGUUUCUUGUUCCAGCUGUGCUUAUAUCCCUCUUAGCACUUCCAUGUCUUGGUUUUUUUAAUGGUUAUUUCCCAGAUGCCCCGAUUCAGUAUAGUUAUUACAAAAUCAAGGAGUUGUCCAAUCUGAGUUGUUUUGCUCAGACAGCUAUCAUAAAAGCUCUUCCUGAUGUUUUAGAUUAGUUUCCCAGUGGGAAGCUGAGACGGGUAAUGGUUCAAUCUGUUUGCCUUUUAAAUAUGUGUUACCACUGUAAAGACCUGAAAGUGCCAUAGCGGUGACCAUGGAAGUGUUUGUAGGGGACUAUUGCGAGUAGAUGUGUGUAGUAAAUGGAAGAGUUGAUAGGUGCCCGGAUUUACAACCACUUUAAGGUGCUAUAAACUACGUUCAAAGGACCCUGUUCCUGCAUGUCAGCCCCCUUGAUGACAUCAUGACGUCCUGCCAAUCCAUCCCACAACUACACCAGGCAGCAUUACUGCUUGGGGGUUUGUUAGAAGUACAUUUUGACACUUUCCACCUCGGUACGGGUAUUCAAAACAUCUUCAAAAAUGAUGUCAAACUGAGCAGCUGUCGGCUGAACGCGCAGCCUUUUGAGUCAUCGUGGCUUCAGGAUGCAUUUUGAGCAGUGAGUCGUAGAAUAUCAGUGAAAAUCUACAGAGUGCUACAGAAGAAAUUAUACUGCCCUAUCUUGUAUAUCAGACUGCCACUCUAUGGAUUCUUUACAGCACUGUUGGCACGAGAGCUAAGUUGUGAGGAGUAGUAGUGAAUAGCGAUCCAAAGGGACACUGUAGGUUGGAGAAAUGUGCAGUUGAAAGAUAGAUGUAUGUUUGUAAUUAAGGUCUAGGAAAAUGAGUGAAAGCUGUGUAAAUAACAUGACCAUAUUUUUUUUUUUUUUUUUUAUGUCAUUUUUUGUUUUGUGGUUGUGCUGAAGAGGGUAUUUGUACGGGAGGUGGGUUUUAAAUGUUUCCCGUUGUCUGUGGUCCCUGCACCUUGCCAUAAUGCAUCAUGAGAAAAGCAGAACCUCUGUUAUGUUCGAGGUCGUAUGAAUAUCAAGAAAGAAAAUCGGAUGAAAAACGAACCAGGAUAAAACCUCAUGUGGAGGUCUGCUCAGCAUUUUUGUUCAUUAUUCUUGCUUCAAGUAUCAAACAUUGAUUAAAAAAUUAAUAAAGAAUUUUUAAAAUGG